AUGAUGGAUUGCAUACGGCCUCACCAGUUGACACAACAUUUAACCGUCACCACACCGAGACUGACAGCCCCUCAGAAUCCCCCGAUAAUAGUAUCCGUCCUGAUAGUAAUAGUAAUGGUGCUGGAGACAGUAACGGGGUCGAAAAGAGCAAUGGGGCCGGAAAGGGUAGUAGUGGUGAUCGUGAGUAUUCCAAUUGUCUUGCUUGGCCCACUUGGAAGUAACUUUGGUAAGCCAACCCCCCACCAUACAUGGCAGAGGAUACGCGAGCAGACCCACCUUUAGCGAGCUCUGUUCAAGGUAUGUUAAACCCCUGCCAACCUAAGCAUUGAAGCUCGCUCCAAAUUGACAUACCAGGCACCGGAGACAGUCAAAGCGAUCCCGUGGAACCAGACUGCCCGGAGUGGGAUUUUAGUCUGCCGCCCGUCACCAGCGGUGUUGGGCAAUUUCGACCGGAAGAGGGCAUGACACUGAGCUUCUCGGUAUCAAGGCUUGUCGUUGGUCUACAGCAAGGUAUCGACGACGAUAAGCUCGUUCAGUACUUUUCAUAUUAUCGGCCGGAGACUAUCGCGCGGAGCAUCAACGGAACCGUAUCGGGAUACCCCGGAAUUUUUUAUGCAGUCGCCACCAAUGAUGAGAAAUUAAUAAGGACCUGGAUAAAGCACGGAGGAGAUGCUAAUGCGGUGGAGAAGAUACAUGGAUUUCCGCUUCUGGCGUUUACCAUUUUAAACACGCUCAAUAUUCACAGAGACACUACGGCAAUGACCACCACGCUGCUUAGUUUAGGCGCGGAUGCUGGCGUUAUUCCAAGGGUCUUCUUUAUGCCAUUUCUACAGGACCCACCGGUGGAAGGCCCAGACCCACGAGUGGUAACAGAUAUAAACGAGCCGAAGAAGGAAUGGUGCAAACGGUACAUCUGGCCAUCGCUCGCUCGAGUAACCAAUAUUUCGCAAAGGUAUUUUCUGGAGAAGACCAUUAAGGGUAGGCCGGCAUCCGCACGUCAAACCCAGGUAGCUCUGGCCCAUAAUGCAACGGAAUUGUUGGGAAUAUCAUACUUCAUGAUUGGACAGGCGACAGCUGCAAGCUCUGUUAUUAAGAAGCUUCUCACGCAUCUCGCUCUGCCGACUGGUAAACCGUUGGUGCUGGUCUUCGCCGGACCUAGUGGUCACGGUAAAACAGAAUUGGCAAAGCGCCUUGGUCAACUCCUAACUCUUGAACUCGAAUGCGUCGAUUCUACAGAGAUCAAAUACGAGUCUGAUCUAUUCGGACCUAAGCAGCCAUACUUGGGAUAUCAACAAGGCUCCCCGUUAAACAACUUCUUGACACGAAUGAGCGGGAAACGGGCAAUCGUCUUCCUGGACGAGUUUGAAAAGACCACGCGAGAAGUGCAGAAUGCCUGCUUGAUUCCUUUCGACGAAGGUGUGAAUCUCCUCGCCCAACUGUGCCAGCACAUAGCACAUAACUAACCGGUCAAAAGGGAAGUACAUCGACCGAAGAGACCGGGAAGCCGUGGACUGUUCAAAGACAAUCUGGAUCAUAGCAACAAACGCGCUGGAUCGGAAAAUCGUCGAUUUUUGUGAACGCAACCCGAAUGUCUUCAAGAGCGAUGAUGCAGAGAAACACGUUCGACUGAUGACCGAGUUGGAAAAGACCCUGAAGAAGCAAUUAAAACAUACUUUCGGAGUAUUUCCCUCCUCUCCUCUUAUGUACCACGUCGACGGACUAAACCCAUACUAACUCUCCUCCGACAGAACCCCUUAUCCGGCAGAAUCUCAGCUGUCCUCCCUUUCCUCCCCUUCUCCCUCGGCGAACAAGCAGUGGUGACGCACAAAUACAUCCUCGAACUGAAAAAUAAAGUCCUAGCGCCCGUGGACCUCUCCUCGGGAAAACUAGUCGGAAGAGUACUCUUGCACAUCAAGAGUGACGGUGCCGUCUGCGAAACUGUAGCGACGGAAGGGUAUGAUCCGGACCAGGGCGCGCGUUCGCUGCAGACUGCGGUCAAGACACGUGUUGAGGAGGAGCUAGUGCACACAUAUUUAGAAGAAGACGAGGUUAUUUCUGAGACCCAGGCUCUCGCGGAUUACACAGUGGAUAUUCAGCGGGAUGGGACGUUGUUGAUAUUUAAGUCUACAGGGGCGGAGAAGUCUUUCGCGGAUUAG